AUGCUAAAGUUUGAUAUAUCAAAUGUAAAGGGUAGCGAAAAGACCCUAUUAAAAAUGAUAAUCGAAAAGUAAAAUUGGAUAGAUUGCGGUGAACAGCAUUCCAAAGCUAAAAUUGUUUGGAACUAAAGAAAAUAAGAUAAAUGUUCAAAAUAUUCAAUAAAUCGACCUAGAUUAUAAAUUUCUAAUAAAAUUAAAGGAAUAGCAACAAUAAGUUAAAAAGCUUCAACAAAGUAGUGUUUAUCAACAUUUGCUUUAUUUUAUCCUGAAAUUAAUGAAAUUUACCCUGAAACUUACAUUUAUCCUUAAGACAGAAAUCUCUUAUAUUCUAAAAAUCUCAAUUUAUUUAUUGCUAAACCCUCAAAUGGAUCUGAAGGAAAAGGAAUAUUUUUCCCAAAUAGUAUGAAUGAUUUAGUCAAAAAAGCAGGUCUAGAAUAACUUGUAAUAUAAAAAUAUAUAGAUAAUCCUAUGCUUUUAGAUAAUAAAAAGUUUGAUCUUAGAUUUUACAUUCUCAUUCAUAAAUUAAACCCAUAUAUUUGUUAUUUGAAUAAAGAAGGAUUAGUAAGAAUAUGUGUUGAUGCUUAUGAAAAAAAUAAUAAAAAUUAAUUUGCUCAUUUAACAAAUUAUGCAAUUAAUUGUGAAAACUCUAAUUAUGUUCCAUGUUCCAAUGAUUUUAUUAAUGAUAAUCAAUCUAACAAAUAAAGUUUUUCUGCAUUUCGAUAGACACUCUAAAAAAACGGCUAAGAUGAUCAAAUUUUAUUUCAAAAUAUCGAAAAUUUAAUUGCUCAAUUUAUGAAAGCAAUAUAUCCAUUUAUACUUUAUCAUUCAAAAAGCGAUAAAUCUGAGCAAUCACAAAAUUUUUGUAUUAUUGGUUUAGAUAUCAUAUUAAAUAGUGAGGGUUAGCCUUUUAUUUUAGAAAUGAAUUCAUCUCCAAGUUUAUAGAUAACUUAAUAUAAGAAUAAUAAAGAAGAAAUAUCUCCUUUUGAUUUUUAUGUUAAAGAAUUGGUAGUUACUGAUGCAAUUCUAAUUGCAACAAAUAAAAAAGAGUGGAAUGAUACAUCUUACAAAUUAUUAAGUGAUGAAUAUCAAUUAGUAAAUAAUUCAGUUUUAGAAUUGUUAAAUUUGUUUUGGUAUUGUGGAAAAGGAAUGAAAACUUUAUCAUGUUCUUAAUUUUGUAAGAUCAGCAAUUUUUCUGGAAUGCUGAAUGAUAAUCUAUAAAGAGUUGAAUAUUAAAUUCUUUUUUGUAAGUUUUAAGUGUAAAGAAUAAAUUUUUAUUAAUUUCUUGAAUUGAUAAUUGCAAUUCAAAAGAGAAUGAACAUUUAAUUGCACAAUCUAUUAGAAAUGAUUCGUAUUUGA